AGGACCUCGUCUCUUCACCUUGUCCCGACACAAAGAUAGCAUAGUGGAAAGGACGUCGGCAUCAUGGGUAAACACAACAAGAAGACCGGACGUGAGCGUCUGGACAAGUACUACCAGAUGGCCAAGAGCCAGGGGUACCGUGCUCGUUCGUCCUUCAAACUGGUGCAUCUGAAUCGAAAGUACGACCUCUUGGCCAAAUCCCGAGUCGUCAUCGAUCUGUGUGCCGCACCCGGAGGUUGGCUUCAGGUCGCCCAAAAGUACUGUCCUCAACAAUCCCUCAUCGUCGGAGUCGAUCUCGAUGCCAUCCGCCCCAUUCCCGGUGUUCACACUUUCGUCGGCGACAUUACCACCCAGGCAUGUAGGACCUCGUUGAAGGGCUACCUGAAGCAUUUCCAGGCGGAUCUGGUCCUUCACGACGGAGCUCCCAACGUCGGUACCGCAUGGAUCCAGGACGCUUUCACCCAGAGCGAGUUGACGCUUCAGUCCCUCAAGCUGGCUACCGAGUUUCUGAAAAAGGGAGGAGCGUUCGUGACAAAAGUCUUCCGAAGUGGGGAUUACAACUCGUUGAUGUGGGUCUUCAACCAACUGUUCGCCAAGGUCGAAGCCACCAAACCUCCUUCGUCCCGUAACGUCUCGGCCGAGAUCUUCGUCGUCUGCCAAGAUUUCCGAGCGCCCAAGUACAUCGACCCCAAGUUCCUGGACCCUAAACACGUCUUCAAGGAGCUCGCCAACUCGAACGCUCCUCUACCCCUCAGCAUCACCCUGGACCCGAGCUCGACCCAGGCUUCGUCCUCUUCCAACUUGAAGGCGACGACGAACGGUUUGACCAAUUCGGGUGCCAGUCUCGCCUUGAACGGGACCACCAACAUUUUCGCCCCGGAAAAGAAACGACGUGCCCGUGAAGGUUACGCCGAGGGGGAUUACACCCUGUACAGGACGUUGCCCGUCAGGUCGCUCGUGCAUGCCAACGGGCUCGAGGCUGUCACCGUGCUCUCAUCAUGUAACGCGCUCGAAUGGGCUCCCAAGGGCGAAGCUAUGGGUGAGGAGGAAAAAGUCUGGUACGAGAGCCGACAUACCGACGACGACAUCAAGGAGAGCAUGAAAGACUUGCGAGUCCUCGGAAAGGGAGAGUUCCGAAGACUGAUGAAAUGGCGACUGGCCAUCCGAUUACAAGUCGGUCUGGACGUCAAAAAGAAGGACGUCGAGGAGGACACCGAGGGCAAGGUGACCAUCGAGGAACCCGUCGACGAAGAGACCCAGGUGACCGAGGAGAUGAAACGUCUACACGAGGAGAAUGCGAUCAAGCAAAAGAGGCUGAAGAAGCGACAGAACGAGAAGAAGGCGAGGACGAUCCAGAGGUUGCAAUUGGGCAUGACGGCCCCGGAGGAUAUGGUCCUCGAGGACGACGCGGCGUUACGGGGUGAAGACAUGUUCGACCUGGGUACAGGAGAGAACGAGGUCAGGCGGAGAGGGGUCAAGGGGAAAGGACUUGCGGAUCUCGUCAAGGAUACCGAUGGGAUGGACGACGACGAGCAGGCCGGCGAGGAAGAUGAGGAGGAUGAGGACGAGGACGAGUACUUGUCAAGCGACGACGAGAGGGAGGCCAAGACGGCCUAUCUCGAAGGCGAGCUCGAUGACUUGUACGACUCUUACAAGGAGAGGAUGAACGAGCGGGACGCCAAGUGGAAGGUGAAGCAGGCUCGUCUGCAAGAUCGAAACCGGGAUGCCUGGCACGGGAUCAGGGACGAGGGUGAAGAUGGCGAGAACGACGGGAUCGUCAAGGUCCAAGGUCACGGGGUGGGUCAGGACGGGAUCGAGGGUGUGGACGAGGGUGAAGAGUCGGAAGAGGGAGGUUGGGAUCUCGUCGCUUCCCACAAGGCCAAGAUCGGGGAAGAGGUCGAUUCGGAUGACGAUUCGGAUUCCGAGCACAGCGGGGAUGAAGAGGGCGCGCCGAGGGUCAAGAAGGUCAGGUUGGCGUUGCCAGGACACGCCACCUCGGCCGCCGCUGUUCGGGCUAUGCAGAUGGCCAACAAGAGCAAGCAGAGCUUGGUCACCAACCUCGGAGCCGAUGUCGAAAAGGCCGAGAUGAGUCGACAGGCGCAGGUCUGGUUCGAUCAGUCCAUCUUCAAGGAUGUUGGUGAUCUCGCCGAUCUGGACGCUGGUGAUGAGGAGGAGCAGGAGAUGAGCGACGAUGAGAUGAGUGGCGAGAUCAGCGAGGAGGACAGCGAUGUGGAUAUGGCCGAGGCGGAUAUUGACGGCUCAGAGCAUGGCGAGGACGACUUUGAGGUAGUACCGGUGCAAGAGGAUGAUGGCAUGCAGUGGGACGUAGAGGAUGAGGAUCAGGACGAGGUCAAGCGACAGAAGAUCCAGAAGAAGGGUCUUUUGACCGCCGAAGCCGUCACCAUGGCCACGGCACUGGUCAAUCGAAAACUCACUGCCGACCAGAUGAUCGACGACGGAUUCAACAAGCACAACUUUAACCACAAGGACGGUCUCCCAACCUGGUUCUUGGAUGAUGAGGGUAAAUACUACAAGCCCAACUUGCCCGUCACCAAAGAGGCCAUCCAAGCGCUCCGCGCAAAACAGCGAGCUCUCGAUGCACGACCAAUCAAAAAGGUCGCCGAGGCCAAGGCGAGGAAGAAGAUGAAGGCUUCGAUGCGCAUGGAAAAGGCCAAGAGGAAGAUGGAUGGUCUGACCGAUGCGCCUGACAUGAACGAGCGGGACAAGGCGACGCAGAUGAUGAAGCUCUUGGGCAAGGCCGCUGGCAAGCCCAAAAAGAAGGAGGUCGCAGUCGUCGUUGCCAAGGGUGUCAACAAGGGAGUCAAGGGUCGUCCCAAGGGUGUCAAGGGUCGUUACAAGAUUGUGGACCCGAGGAUGCGCAAGGAGAUGAGGGCACUCAAGAGGAUCGCCAAGCGGGACAAGAAGCGAAAGCAUUAGACGGUGUUUGGCGUUUUCUACGUGGUUUCGUGGUCUUUCUUCCAUCUCGCUUUCUUGUACAGAUUAGAGGGUGUAGCGAGUAUUGUUGUCUUAUUAGCAGUAUCAUAUCAUUUCGUGCUGAGUUUCUACUACAACAUAAUUGUCCACUUGUUGUCCGUCCCUCUUCCUCGCAUUACAAUACGGACCGCAUG